GAACACAAUUUUUAUUGCAUAAGGUUUUAUUUGUAAUGGGAAGACUAUUAGAUUGAGUUAUAAUUGUAAACAUUAUAAUAUUUACAACCAGAAAAACUAAUAAUAUUUAUUUUUACUUGACUUAAUAUAUAUAUGCAGUUUUUGUGAACAAAUUUUUGUUAUAACAGAGAUGUAUUAAUUGACCUUUGCUUGUUUUGUACAUCAGGGUUAAGAAUAGAUUUUAAAAGGAGUUCAUUUUUUAAAGUAUUAGACUGUAAUCUUACAAAGUUCAAAAUUUUUAUUUGUUUUGUACUGUCUAUGAACCUCCUCCCCCUCUCUCCCCCCUUCCAAUAAAACAAUAGGGAGUUUCCUCAUUGCCUUUUCUGAAAGAGCUUUAAGGGUCUUUAAGGAUAUUUUUAUCAAUUGUAUAUUCUUUCUAUUUUCUUCUCUAACGUCCCAUUUCUAGUGCUAUAGGAAGUGCAACAUUAAAAGUAACUUGUUUUCUUCCCCUUUAAGCCAAUUAAAUUUCAAUGUGUUUUAAAUCUCCUAAUUUUCAGAAACUACCAUGGUUGUCCCUUUCAGAUACACUUAAUGUAACCCCCCACCAAGGCUUCAUGCAGGAUUGCAUUUUGUCCCCUUUCCCCUUGUCUGAUUUAAUAUUUAGUCCCUCAGAGGAAACUACUUUCCAGUUUUACCUCAUAUUUUUGAAUAUCAUAAACCUUUUUAUCUGUUUCUACAAUUUGUACUACAUAAAUGCUGAAUUAAAAGAAAUGAUGUUUAAAGAACUGACUUAAAUCAAUUAUUCUUUUUACACCCAUCUCCUUCUAUUGUUAGUUAUAAUAAUGUAUACACCUAAAAGACAACAACGCAGUCGCUUAGAGGACUCCUUGAUUGGAAAACAAAAUUCUCCAUUUUCAACAUUAAACUUGUCAGUUACUGAAGAUUCUGCUCAUACGAGAAAGUUUCAAAGUAAAGCAGUCUUUCAGAUCAUUGAGCAAGAUGAGUCUCAUCAAUUAUUAACCUAUGGCAAUGCACUUCCAGUUGAAGUGGCAGAGGUUUUGGCAGCCUCUCAAAAAGCACCUUUAUCUGCAAAGAUUGAUCCUGCUGGUUGGGUAUCAGUUGUCUGCGGGAGAAAGUUAUUUAUUUGGAGAUUUACCUCCAGUGCUGCUAAAAAGGCUGUCAGCUGUUUUGAGUUUCAACUUGCACCCACAGAACUGACUCAUCAAGCAGAUUUAACAUGUGUUAUCGAAACAAACUCCUCAGACCCAACAUUUGCAAUGAAUACCAAAACGUCAGUGAUGAAUGUAUCUCCAGAAGGAACUGUAAAAUUCUGGCAAAAUAUAAACAGACCAGCAGUCACAGUUGAAUCGUUUUUAAACCUAGGUGGAAAGCAAUGUCUCUAUUUACUGCCAUUAAGUCCAUAUGGAUGUGUGUUAGUUACAACUACGAAUGAAGUAUACUUAUUGUCACCAAGCAUUUCUACGGUGCAUUGUCGACAACUCACUACAUCAAAGGGUAUGUUGUCCAACAUUGGACGAAGAGUGUCCAGUUUUUGGUCUCAGCCUGUUGUUGGUGUCAAUAAGUAUCCCCCAUGUAUUUGCUCAGGAACAAAUGAUUACGACACUUCAGAGAGGCAUUUCUACACCAUUACAAACCAGCAAUUUCAGAAAUGGGAAAUAGCUGGGCCGUCAGAAUCAGAAACAAAGAUGGUUUAUGAAAUUGAUUUACUGAAGUGUAUAAAAAUGUAUACUAACGAAAAUGUGGAGUCGUUUCAACAUAUUGAUGAAAUACAAGUUUUGGAUAUGAAGAAUGCUGGUUUUGGUACAAUGUUACUCAUGGUAUUGUGGAGUGGUGACACAUAUCGAUGUGCUGUUGGUUUGCUGAAAGCUCGUGGUGAUGACACACAAGUCAGUUUUUCAAGUAUUGUACUUAUUGACGAUGAAGUUCAAGAAGAAGAUUUUACAAACUUAAAGCUGGCCUUACCCGUGGCAGAAUACCAUGUGUUUAUAGCAUCAAAACACAUGAUUUAUGCUCAAUCAGUUUCGAAAAGUAUGUGGAAUCCUGUCAAAGUGGAGUUUAAUAAAGUUAACAGUGCCAUAAUUGGUGUUGGUAACUGCGGUUCUGAUCCUAUCUUUUUAUCAAGAAGACAUGGUUUGAUCACUUUUCGCCUUAUGCAAGACCCAACAAUAGCACUAAUGAAGAGUAUUCAACAACCAGAAAAAGAAAAAAUUAGCAAAGAAGAAGAAUCUAAAACAGUUGACAUUCCACUCGAGAUAUCUCCCAGUGAUGCCUAUGCUACAAUAAAAACGGCCUUUGUAGCUCAUUCAAAAGAUCGCGUGGACACUAAUCACAUUAUCAGCACGUUAGAAUGUACACCCCAAGAUAUUCACGAUGCGGUUAUUCAACUCAGUAUCGAACUGCUCAACAGUCGACCAGUGUCUGACCCAAGAUGGGCUGCACAAAGGAAUAUAGGCCUUGUUACAACAUCAGUGUUACUGUUGAACCAGUUGCAAGAUAAAGAACAGAUUCAUGCAGCAUUUAUCGAGUUUCUUACUCGUUCAAAGAUCUACGAAAAGACAAUGGAAAAACGUUACGACAUUCAGUUCGAAGUUAAUGAAAACAGUGAGAAACUGCAAUGCAUGCUAGCUCUACAGAAUAUGUACUCAAGGGUAGGUGAUAUCAUAGAUGAAACAAUAAACACACUCGAUGUUGGUCUUUCUUCAUUUGACGAAGAAAACAAUUUUAAUGCCAAAGAUGUUUUUUUUGCAAAUGUUACUGAUGUCGGUCAGUUCUUUUUCGCCCUACUCAGGUUGGAAGAGAAGAAACUUUCGCAAAUAUCGACAGUAAAGGAACAAGUAGAGCUAAUAUCGACCGUCAGUGAAUUGUUUGCGACGUGUUAUACUGCUGCUUGGCAACACAGACAACUUGUUACCAAACAAAAACAGGCAACUCAGAUGUACCACGUUCCGUGGACUGGUAGUGCAACGAGUAUUAACAAUCGAGCACUUUUGAAACGUCAGAUCCAACUAGCACUUGAACAAGGCCUACCAAACGUUGAUAGCACAAAGGUUGGAGCAAUUUUAACGCGCCAAGUAAUACUACUAUCUGAUUUGCUAUUGGACGGCUAUGAAAGGGAGUUGGCUUUACUACGAUCGACUGGUACACAUCAACAAUUUGCUAGUCUCAACGAGGAGUAUCAACAAGAGCGACAAUAUAUUGUUAUAUUGUUAGUGGAUCUUAGCUAUUACGAAGAAGCAGCCACUUUAGCUGAAAAAUAUGAAGAUUUCCUUUCGUUAAUUCUACUGUGUGAGAAAACGCAGGAUACUGAGAAGCUGGAACAUUACAAACAGACUUUUGGAAAACAGGGUUUUUCCGAAGUCUUGUAUCAACGAUAUAUGGACACAGGAGCAUGGGGUAAACUGAUGGGUGAAAAAAACACCUCCGACGACUUUGACAAAUUUCUUGGGAAUUACAAUAACCUUAGCUGGUUGCAUUUCAUUGGAGCGAAAGAGUUUUCAAAGGCUUCACAUGUUCUUAAGCAUCUUUCUGGCGAUGAAAAAAUAUGCGCACCAAGAAAAAGGCUUAUGUUGGUACUAUCCAAUUUGUCGAUGCUUGCAUCAGAUGAAGAGACGAGCGAGAUCACUGCUCAUGUGAAUGAUGUUGACAAACACUUGGAGCUUCUUGAGUACCAGGAUAAUAUUAUGGAGUUUCUUGGGAAAGAAUCGCACUUAUAUCCACCAUUGUCUGCGGAGGAGCUCAUACAGAUGUGCUUAACAGAAAAUCCAGCCAACUUAACAGACGACCACUAUGCACAUCUAUUUGGUGUGUUGUCACAUGUUGAGACCGACGCUCAAAGUCUAGCCUUGGAUGUUUGGUGUAGCUGUAUUUUGCACGACAAUUGGAGUGAAUGCUCGCAAUUGGAUUAUGAGGACGUGGUCACACAGAAAAUGUUUUUUAGAUGUUUAAAGUAUUGUAAAAACACAGAUUCGAGCAUAUCCUUGAUACCAUCACUAAGAGACUUGCUGUCUUUGGAUGCACUAAAAAUACGUUCCAGUCAAACUUCCUUACGACAGCUGAAAGCUUGUUACGAAGUUGCUGGAUUAAAAAAUCUGAUAGAAGGUGUAUAGCGCCCAUGGCGGCUAGCUAUCAAAGUUACUAUAAUGAUCAGAACUUUGUGUAAAUUAAGAGACGUAAGAAUUGAACAAUUGUACUUAUAUCAAAAACUGUUUAUAGCGAUAAUAAAAGCAGUCGUACUUAAUAA